GAUUGACUUCUAAAGAAUCCUCAUAUGUAAGGAAGAAACCCAGAAGAGGAAGAGGAAAGCAGAGGAGUCAGGGAUGGCUCUUUCUCAGGUUUUACUGACCUUCAGGGAUGUGGCCAUAGAAUUCUCUCAGGAGGAGUGGAAAUGCCUGGACCCUGCUCAGAGGACUCUGUACAGAGAUGUGAUGCUGGAGAAUUAUAGGAACCUGGUUUCCCUGGAUAUCUCUUCCAAAUGCACAAUGAAGGAGGUCUUGUCAACAGCGCAAGGCAAUACAGAAGUGUUCCACACAGGGACAUUGCAAAGACAUGAAAGUCAUCACUUUGGAGAUUUUUGUUUCCAGGAUAUUCAUAAACAUAUUCAUGAUGUUGACUUUCAGUGGCAAGAAGAUGAAAGAAAUGACCAUGAAGCACCCAUGACAAAAAUAAAAAAGUUGACAUGUAGUACAGACCGAUAUGAUCAAAGUCAUGCUGGAAACAAACCUAUUAAAGAUCAGUUUGGAUUAAACUUUCAUUCGCAUCUGCCUGAACUGCACAUAUUUCACACUGAAGAGAAAAUUGAUAAUCAAGUUGAAAAGUCUAUCAACGAUGCUUCCUUGGUUUCAACAGCCCAAAUAAUUUCUUGUAGCCCCAAAACCCAUAUUUCUAAUAACUAUGGGAAUAAUUUCCUGAAUUCUUCAUUACUCACACAAAAACAGGAAGUACAAGUGAGAGAAAGAUCUUUCCAAUGCAAUGAGAGUGCCAAAGCCUAUAAUUAUAGCUCACUCUUAAAACAUCAGAUAAUCCAUUUAGGAAAGAAACAAUAUAAAUGUGAUGUAUGUGGCAAGGUCUUUAAUCGGAAGCGAGACCUUGAAUGCCAUCAUAGAAGUCACACUGGUGAGAAACCUUACAAAUGUGAAGAAUGUGACAAAACUUUCCGUUUCAAAUCAAGCCUUGAAAAACAUAGGAGAAUUCAUGCUGGAGACAAACUGUACAAGUGUAAUGAGUGUGGCAAGACCUUUAGUCCGAAGUCAUACCUUAUGUGCCAUCGUAGACUUCAUACUGGAGAGCAACCUUACAAAUGUGAAGAAUGUGACACAGCUUACAGUUUCACAUCAAACCUUGGAAUACAUCAGAAACUUCAUACUGAAGAGAAUCCUUACAAGUAUAAUGAGUGUGGCAAGACCUUCAGCCAGACGUCAUCCCUUACAUGCCAUUGUAGACUUCAUACUGGAGAGAAACCUUACAAAUGUGAAGAAUGUGACAAAGCUUUCCAUUUGAAAUUAGCCUUUGAAGGACAUAGGAGAAUUCAUACUGGAGGGAAACCAUACAAGUGUGAUGAGUGUGGCAAGACCUUUACUCAGAAGAAAUCCCUUACAUGCCAUCGUAGACUUCAUACUGGAGAGACACCUUACAAGUGUAAUGAGUGUGGCAAGACCUUUCGUCAUAAGUCAUCCCUUACAUGCCAUCGUAGACUUCAUACUGGAGAGACACCUUACAAGUGUAAUGAGUGUGGCAAGACCUUUACUCAGAAGUCGUCCCUUAUAUGCCAUUGUAGACUUCAUACUGGAGGGAAACCAUACAAGUGUAAUGAGUGUGGCAAGACCUUUACUCGGAAGAAAUCCCUUACAUGCCAUCGUAGACUUCAUACUGGAGAGACACCUUACAAGUGUAAUGAGUGUGGCAAGACCUUUACUCAGAAGUCAUCCCUUAUAUGCCAUCAUAGACUUCAUACGGGAGAGAAACCUUACAAGUGUAAUGAGUGUGGAAAGACCUUUAGUAAUAAGUCAUACCUUACAUGCCAUCGUAGACUUCAUACGGGAGAGAAACCUUACAAGUGUAAUGAGUGUGGCAAGACCUUUAGUAAUAAGUCACACCUUACAUACCAUCGUAGACUUCAUACGGGAGAGAAACCUUACAAGUGUAAUGAGUGUGGCAAGACCUUUAGUAGUAAGUCAUACCUCACAUACCAUUGUAGACUUCACACUGGAGAGAAACCUUACAAAUGCGAAGAAUGUGACAGAGCUUUCCAUUUCAAAUCAAGCCAUGAAAGACAUAGGAGAAUUCAUGCUGGAGACAAACCGUACAAGUGUAAUGAGUGUGGCAAGACCUUUAGUCAGAAGUCAUGCCUUACAUACCAUUGUAGACUUCAUACUGGAGAGAAACCUUACAAAUGCGAAGAAUGUGACAAAGCUUUCCGUUUGAAAUUAGACCUUGAAGGACAUAGGAGAGUUCAUACUGGAGGGAAACCAUACAAGUGUAAUGAGUGUGGCAAGACCUUUACUCGGAAGUCAUCCCUUACGUGCCAUUGUAGACUUCAUACUGGAGGGAAACCAUACAAGUGUAAUGAGUGUGGCAAGACCUUUACUCGGAAGUCAUCCCUCACAUGCCAUCGUAGACUUCAUACGGGAGAGAAACCUUACAAGUGUAAUGAGUGUGGCAAGACCUUCAGUCAGAAGUCAUGCCUUACAUACCAUUGUAGACUUCAUACUGGAGAGAAACCUUACAGAUGUGAAGAAUGUGACAAAGCUUACAGUUUCAAAUCAAACCUUGGAAUACAUCAGAAAAUUCACACUGAAGAGAAUCCUUACAAGUGUAAUGAGUACAGCAAGAUCUUCAGCUGGAUGUCAUCCCUUACAUGCCAUCAUAGACUUGCUACUGGAGAGAAACCUUACAAAUGUGGAGAAUGUGACAAAGCUUUCCAUUUGAAAUUAGACCUUGAAGGACAUAGGAGAAUUCAUACUGGAGAGAAACCAUACAAGUGUAAUGAGUGUGGUAAGACCUUUACUCGGAAGUCAUCCCUUACAUGCCAUCGUAGACUUCAUACUGGAGAGAAACCUUACAAGUGUAAUGAGUGUGGCAAGACCUUUCGUCAUAAGUCAUCCCUUACAUGCCAUCGUAGACUUCAUACGGGAGAGAAACCUUACAAGUGUAAUGAGUGUGGCAAGACCUUUAGUCACAAGUCACCCCUUACAUGCCAUCGUAGACUUCAUACUGGAGAGAAACCUUACAAGUGUAAUGAGUGUGGCAAGACCUUUAGUCAGAAGUCAUACCUGGCCGGGCGCGGUGGCUCAAGCCUGUAA